AUGAACAAGUCGUUCAUCCUGCUUGUCGCCCUUUUCGGGUUCUCCGUCGCGAUGCGCGAUCAGUCGAUCGCCGUGAAAGGACGUCUUCUGUGUGGAAACGGUCCUGCCGCAAAUGUUCGUAUCAAGUUGUGGGAGGAGGAUACCGGUGAGUUCAUCUAGUACAAGUUUUAUUGGAGAAGAAGUGUUUAGACUUCGAGCGUUCCGUUUCAUUGCUCGCCGAACUAUCAGUAUCAAUCAAACGAAACUUUCAGGACCAGACCCGGAUGACCUACUCGACCAGGGCUACACGGAUGUCAACGGAAACUUCCAACUGCAAGGCGGCACUGCCGAGCUGACCCCAAUCGACCCGGUUUUCAAAGUGUACCACAAGUGUGACGACUCGAAACUCAAGGUGAGUGGGGGGGUUAAUCGAGUGGAAGCGCACACGUGUGCCUCAAAACGAAACAUGCCAGAGUGUCGAUUGCAGCCAGGAGCGCGCAAAGUGAAAUUCGCCCUGCCAAAGAGCUACAUCACCAACGGAAAAGUCGCCAAGAAAACGUUUGACAUCGGUGAGUCGUCCACGGAUGAGUGCGCACGGGCUCCGCAAGCACAACGUGCGUCAUUCCAGGAGUGCUCAACCUCGAGACGGUCUUCGCGAAAGAGGAGCGCGAGCUUCUCGUCUCCAGAAAACGGCGCGGGGGCUUCAACGCCGACUACAUGGAUCCGGAGAGUUCGGAGGAGAGCAAGAGCAGCGAGGAGGCCGAGAAGGCGACUGUUUAG